GACGAGCACAGCUGCAACCUCUGUUACCUGAGCUCUGAGCAAACAAACACGGGAACAUGGUGUCACCUGUUGAGAUCAGUGUUCAAUAAAGACUUACAGCUUUACGUCAGACACCAGCGCCGGCAUGAUGCGUCUGACACUCUCCCUCUUCAUCCUCUGCAUCAGCCUCCCAGCAUUGCUGGGUUACCGAGCUCUGUGGCAGUUCAGGUCCAUGAUCCUCUGCACCGUACCUGACAGCUGGCCUAUUCUGGACUACGCUGACUACGGCUGCUACUGUGGGCUGGGAGGCUCGGGCACACCUGUGGAUGAGCUUGACAGAUGCUGUUACGUCCACGACAAGUGUUACAAAAAGGCCAAUCAGCUCGAUGAGUGCUUUCCCAUCUUUGACAACCCCUAUACUGAAUUAUACAACUAUAGGUGUGAUGAGGCCAGCAAGACCGUCACCUGUCUGAAUCACAACGAUCCCUGUGAGAGCUUCAUCUGUGAGUGUGACCGCCAGGCAGCCAUGUGUUUCGCCGCGGCAGGUUAUGAUGAAGCCAACGCUCAUCUGCCCAGUAGCCGCUGCAAAUAAACCUCAGCAUUUAUGCUUUUCAGCUUCUGGGUCAAAGCUCGGUGAAGAAAGUCUGGCCAGAUCAAGCUGUACAUGCAAGGGAAAAUCAGUCUCAAACCACAUCACACAGGUGUUAGUGUGACUUCAAGAAAUUCUAAGUAGUACGCUUUUAGUUGGAGUAAAAUGUUUACAUGCAUUUUAAAAGUCCAGUUUUUGUUUAAACUGUACGAUCUGAUCAAGGCC